UCCUUUCAUUACGCCUUCUAACUAAUUCUACUUCUACAUGCAUUUUACAUGACCUUUUUUUCUUCUUAAUUUCAGCUCACUUCUUCUCUUCCCCCACUUUCUUAGGGCUCCUCCCUCCUCAAUUCUAUUCUUCUCAUUAUAUAAAUUCACUCACUUCCCUCACUCGCCAUGAAAUUCCCCUCUCUUCAUCCCAAUCUCAUUCUCUCCCUCAUUUCUAACUCUAUUUUCACUUUCUUGUAGCAUUUUCUGUUACCAUAUUUCUUCAUCCACUUCACUUUUUCUUGCUUCAACUUGACUUCCUUGACCUGGAUGCCAAAGAUUGUUGAAGCUCAUUAUGGAUCUCCUCUGCAUAACUUCAAGAUCUGUGCAACUUCAUGGCCUUUUUUAGCAAUACCCAUUAACAACUUCGCUGAUUUUGUUGCCCAAAUGAAAAGGCCGUUCCGUCCUCUCUUGAGCAUUCUACUGCUCACAGUCUUGGCUGUUACUUUAAGCUUUCGAAUCAUUCACCAUGGCGGCGGCAGCUUCUUCAGCUCCUUUGAGCUUGAAAAUAAGAUCUUUGUGCGAGAACAACAACCACCUGAACCUCUCCCGGUGUUCAACUCUACUUUACUCAAGUAUGCUGCUAUUGAUUUGGCUGAGGAGAAAUCAAAGAAAGAGACUGAGCAACUCUUGGAAGGGAAUUUUGCGAGCCAAGGACGGUACCGUACCAUCAACACGUGGCGGAGGUUUCAUCGUGAUAUCAGAACCAGGUCUUCUUCAGGACUCUCGGUAACGCUCCGGUCCCCGUUGUUUUAUCGUUAUUGGCUAGAUUUUAGAAGGAACUUAAAUGAAUGGGCUAGAAAGAAAAGGUUUCAGGCUGAUAUAAUGAAUGAAUUGAUUAGACUAGUCAAGCAUCCUAUUGAUAGGCAGAAUGGAUUAGUGGGUUCGGAUAAAAAGUAUCAGUCUUGUGCUGUUGUGGGGAAUAGUGGGAUUUUGUUGAAAAGUAAUUAUGGAGCUUUGAUUGACAGUCAUGAGACUGUAAUAAGAUUGAACAAUGCCAGGAUUGAGAAGUUUGAGCAGAGUGUGGGGUCGAAAACUAAUGUAUCGUUUGUAAAUAGUAAUAUUUUGCAUCUUUGUGCUAGGAGGGAAGGGUGUUUUUGCCACCCUUAUGGACUGAAUGUUCCGAUGGUUAUGUAUGUUUGUCAGCCUGUGCAUUUCUUGGAUUAUAUCAUGUGCAAUGCAUCUCAUAAGGCACCUUUGCUUAUCACAGACCCGAGAUUUGAUAUGUUGUGUGCCAGGAUUGUGAAGUAUUACUCACUGAAACGGUUUGUGGAGGAGAUAGAGAAGCCACUGGAGGAAUGGGGAGCUGCCCAUGAUGGUUCUAUGUUCCAUUACUCUUCUGGUAUGCAAGCUGUGAUGCUUGCUUUGGGAGUAUGUGACAAAGUUAGUAUUUUUGGUUUCGGGAAAUCUGCUUCAGCUAAGCAUCAUUACCAUACAAGUCAAAAGGCUGAGCUUCGGUUGCAUGAUUAUGAGGCGGAGUAUGCAUUUUAUCAUGAUCUAGUGGAAAAUCAACGGGCAAUACCAUUCAUUUCAGACAAGUUUAAGAUUCCUCCUGUGGCUCUCAUUUUUCUCUUUGGGAAGAAAUUGGAUCCACAUGUAGCAGUGAUAUGUAUUUUUCGAGUCUUAUAUCAGUACUAUAUCUUCAGUUAUGUUGACUGGUGAGAAGGGUACAUAAACACAUGUUUAAAGGUUUGUGUGUGAUUUUUAUUCUUUUUGGCCUGUGGCAUUCUUGGUCUCUGUUCCAAAUCAUGUAUAUAGAUGCUUGACUGAGAUGUACUUUUGUUUGAUUAGAAAUUUGAUUUUGGGAGCUGCUUCAUCAUUUUCAUCUGAACUGUAAGUCUAGUAGGUGUGAUGUAUCAGAAAAACCAAAUUUUCCUUCAACAACAUCUCGAAUGGGAGGUUGUGAAACUUGCAAACAUGAGAUACACUUGGUUCAGCAAGCAGAUGAUACAUUGUUUUAAAGAUGAUCUCUGUUACGGUUUAGAAUCUUAUAAGAUUUGUCUUCUAAUGGAAAAAAAAUAGCUCUGAACUACCCAUUGUUCCAAGCUUGAGGCUGUUUUUCUGUUUUAUUAACUACUACUAAUAACGCAUGAUGUUAUUAAUGAUGUUCUGUUGAAGAAUGCCAUAUGCAUAUUUUAUGUUCCUGUGGCUCCGAGAAUUACAUUUGCCUGACAUUUCUUGACUGUAAGGCACCUGUUCUAUUGUGCAUCGCUUUAAUAAACAAAGUCUAUUUGAUAUGAUAUUGGUUGGGAAUUCCAUUACAUUAAACUUCAUGUAUUGUAUAGAAGUUAUUGCUCAGUCCUCUGGAAAUAGCUGUUAAAGAAGUAUGUGAUGCUUUCAUGGACUGUUUUUUAUUUAUUUGUUUUGUUGGUAAUCUCUGAAAUUGUAUAGAAAGAAUAAAAAAAAUACAGCCUAAAGGAGGGGACUCCCCUUCAAGCUACAAACCUUGGACAUGCCCACGGUGAACAGAGGAAAUGGACUGUCGCAAGUGUAAGUUAUGGAAACAGCCAAAGCACCUUGGUAUUACCUAUGGUUUAUUACAGUUAAUUUUCUUACUGUUUGUUCUUUCCAUCUUAUGCAUAAGUGUGAAAGAAAGAAACAAGGAUAACA